AUGUUUCACCCAUGGACUGUCAGGACUGUGCUCGGGAUCGCUAUCCUGGCCCUCCGUGCAAAUGCGAUGCCUCUCGAGACGGCUCCAAAUUCCCAAAUGGGAAUGUCUCCUAUCUUCAAUGGCUCGCCCACCAACGUUAUUCAAAAUAGCAUUGACGCACCAGCCUCAGACAAAUCAGAGCGUCUCAUAGAAUCAAGAGAUACAGCAUCCUCUGUAGCGAACAAGAAUGGGACAGACAACACCGCAACCGCUUUCGGAGAUUGUGGCGUAGCACCCCCAGGCUCGACCAAGAUGAAUACCAACUAUGCCUUGAAGAUAACGGGAUACUGGCAUCCUUCAUCCACAACCCUGUGCUUUGACGCCUGGGCUUCAAAUGACGCUAAAGUCAUGCAUUUCAAGAACAACUACUUCAUCUAUCCUCAGUCCUUCUUCGUUCCCAUAAUAAGCGGUUUGUACGACUUGGCUGUCGAGUUCUGGUUUAGAUCACUAUUGGAAAUGAACGAUGAAUUCUGGAUGGGCAUCUCAGGCACAAUCGACAGGGUGCCUUACCACAGGGAUUGGACUAUCAAACGAACACCCCAAGUACUCCUGAAUUCAGUCGCAUCAGAACCUUCCCCUUCACCCCAGAAUAUCCAGCUUUCUAGACGUACUUCGCCAGAUUUGCAUAACACCGCGGUUGUGGCAGGCUUUACCACUGGGGAAUGCGGCAUCGAUACUCCCAGUGCUACUCUUAUAAAUUCUUACUAUGCAUUCAGAAUGGAGGGCUUCUGGAAUCCACUGUCCCAAAAUCUGUGCGUGGAUGCUUUUUUCCCCAACAAGUCAAGCCUCGCGCAUUUCAGCGUCAAACCUUUCGACUACAACAAUGGCCAAGCUUAUCAACUUGAUAUCGUAAAGCCGGAAUACCACGUGCAAGUCCAAUUUCAGUUCGCUUCGGAGGCUGAUGUUGGUCGAACUUUUGAUUACGAUAUCACGGGAACGAUCAAUGGGUUGUUGUACAGCAAGAGUUUCUCUAUUAAACGGGAAUGGCCGAAGCUUUCUGAAGACGCUACGUACAAGGAUCGGCGGAACUAUCAGUCCGUAAGGCGAGAUACUUUAUCCCAGCCAUCGAACUUGACCAAUAGCACCAUUGAUGUCCUCGCCAGCCCCCCGUUUGAAGACUGUGGCGAGCCUCCGCCAGACACUACACACAUCGAUUCCAACAUCGGCUUUAAGAUGACUGGGUUCUGGGACCCAGCAUUCACCACAAUGUGCAUCGACGCUUUUAAUACAGACGGGAAAACAAAGAUCGGUCAUUAUCUCACCAGAAGUUUCACGUACGCCAAUACACCAAUCACCUUCAUAAUUAAAACCAAAAGAGUGUAUCACGUGUCUCUAAUAUUCUAUUUUCUGGAAGAAAAGGAUGUUGAAUGGCUAUUCCACGUUUCGCUCGUCGGAACGAUACUGGAAAAGGGGGAACCGCGGCAAUACGAUGAAGAUUGGGAGAUUGUAAGGCAGUCGGUACCAGCCCUUGGGGGAGGAACAGAACAGACUUCUCCAAGCGUCCAGAUUUCGCGGCGUGAUUUACGUCCGUCAAAAAGAGGCAACGGGGUAAGUUUCGCUCAAGGGGCUGAUGGGGCUGCGGCAGCGGGAAGUGGUACUGCGCGAAAUCGUCUCGGAUGA